GUUUAUAAUAUUAGGCCUAUAACAUUUCUUCUUCUUCUUCUUUCUUUCAAAACAAUUACUUAUUUCAUGGUAUUCAUGCAUGGACCGGUAUUCAAACUGAGGGGGAAGGUGCCUUUGCUGAUGCUGGUGGGGGGUUUAUUGCACAGGGCGUGGUGUCCGUGUAGCCAAUCGGAGGCCUUUUCUCGUACAAACACUGGCCUUUAACCACCGGCACAGAUAUAAACAGACUAGAGACAACAAGAACCAAACAAACGUCGGCGUACGGCAUUGACUUUUAGGCAUCAUGGCAAACGUGGACGUAUCAAGCAAUCUGGAGCGUCAUGUUGCACGGAGGACCUUUCCUCUUCUCGCGCGCACAAAGGUUUGCCGUAACCUUUUCGGACCCGUGGAUCACGAGGAGCUGCACGGUGAAAUGAAACGACAACUCCAGGAGAUCUCCGAGCGAGACCAGAGCCGGUGGAAUUUUAACUUUGAGACCAACUCGCCUUUGCCUGGAGAUUACGAGUGGGAGGCGAUUUCAGAGGACACUGUGCCGUUUUUCUACAAGGAUAAAGUGCAAAGUCCGAGAGCUCGCGCCGCGGCGUCUGUUAGUGCAACAGGAGACGCGUCCAGCGCUGUUGACUGCGGGUCACAUGGGGCUUCCAGGGGUCCGCUAGUCCAAGAAUCCGCGGACGUCCCGAGUCGAGCCAACGAAAUCAACCAGGAGAACCUCUCUGGUGCACUCAACUCAAGCCCAGCUCGUUCUUCAGUCCUCAGAAACAGGCGGAAGAGGUCACUCAUCCCAGAGACCCCCAGAAACAGCACGCCACAAAUUACAGACUUCUUCCCGAAAAGAAAAAGGACCGUGCUGGAGUCCAAGCAGGAUGAACGUAGCUCGCUUCAAGCCGGCACAUCCACCAGCACUGAAGUAACGCCACGCAAAACUAUAAGAUGAUGAUGUUUGCACUCCAUGCAUCAGUCCACCUGUGUUUAUCUGCAGAGCGGAUGAAAGAAAACAAGGGGACGAAACUUUCUCUCUCUCUCAACUCAUGUAGCAAUAAUGGCUCCGCCAACAGAGACUUUGUUGCAGUGUUACAAAUGUCUAAACGGUGCAAUUUUAUAUUUUGCUUUUUGUUUUAACUGUGUAGAGGGCUAGGCCACACUGCUCUAAAUAGACUGGAGCGAUACCUGUUUGAUUUAUUUUUUAAAUAUACUAACUUAUUUUAUUUAUGUUCAUAAUAGUUGGUCCCUCUUUAUUAUUUACAGCUAUUGUUAUUGUUUUUUAUUAUUUCGGCCAUAUUUUAUGUUGUAUUUUAUUUAAGUUUUUGUUUGCAACAACAUGCAAGAAUGUUUCUGAGCCGUGUUUGUU